UUCUUUGCUCCAUCAUCGGUCCAGAAAUAUUCGUUGUGCUUAGAACGGAUCCAACAGAGUAGGCAUUUCCAGCCCGUUAACAUCAGCCCUCAAAACCGGAUUCGCAGUAGACUAUGAGCAGGGGGCCGAAGUUUCUCAAACCGGAUGACGAGUCGUUCGCCUCGGAACGGGACGCCGCGCCAUCGGACGAUCACGUAACGUCGUUCGUGUUUAACGCCCACCAAUCGCUAGCGCUCGCCGCCCAGCGGGAACGUCUUCCGAUCCGCCAGUACCGCGAUCAGAUACUGUACUGCCUCGAGCACUACCAGACGCUCGUGCUCGUCGGGGAGACCGGGUCCGGCAAAAGCACGCAGGUACCACAGUACCUGUACGAGUUCGGAUGGCACUCGAAGGGCCUGAUUGGCAUCACGGAACCCCGCCGGAUAUCGGCCAUCACGCUGGCCGACCGGGUCGCCUCGGAACGGGGCGAACUGUGCGGCGAAACGGUUGGCGUGGCGAUCCGCUUCAUCGCAAAGUGUGACCCGACCCAGACGAAGAUUAAGUACAUGACCGAGGGCAUUCUGCUGCGCGAGAUGCUGGCCGAUCCGCUGCUAACCCAGUACGCCGUCAUCAUGAUCGACGAGGCACACGAACGGAGCACCCUUACCGACACGGCGCUCGGUCUGCUGAAGAAGAUUGCCCGCAAGCGACCGCAGCUGAAGAUCAUCGUAUCGUCGGCCACGGUAGACGCGGAACUGUUUCGUGACUUUUUCAAUCUUAAGCCGGCCCGCGGCACCCAGCACGACACGGCCGUCAUACUGACCGUCGAGGGGAGGAUGUACCCGCAGGAAGUGUUCUAUCUGCGAGAACCGUGUCCGGAUUAUGUAAAGGAAACGGUCGCGACGGUGAUGAAGAUACACCGCACCGCGGAACCGAGGGGGGACGUGCUGGCGUUUCUCACCGGCCAGGAAGAGGUCCUGCGGGCGCUCGAUUUACUGCGCGAGCAUCAGGAAGCGGCCGGCCGCGAGGACAUGCUGAUUUUGCCGAUGUACGGCACGCUCUCGAACACGGACCAGCUGAAGGUGUUCUUCGCGCCACCGAAGGGCGUCCGGAAGGUGGUGCUGGCAACGAACAUUGCCGAAACGUCCGUCACCAUCCCGGGCAUCGUUUACGUGAUCGAUUGUGGAUUCGUGAAGCUAAAGUGGUACUCGGCCGACAGCACGACCGACAGCUUGGUGGUGGUGCCCGUAAGUAAGGCGGCGGCCGAACAGCGUGCCGGCCGUGCCGGGCGUAUCCGCAGCGGGAAAGUGUACCGACUGUACACCGAAGCCGAAUGGGAGAAGCUACCGGAGCACACGCCGCCCGAGAUGCGCCGCUCGGACCUCUGCAGCACCGUCCUCUACCUAAAGGCCCUUGGCAUUGACAACAUUCUUCGCUUCACGUUCCCGUCGGCCCCACCGGCCAAGAAUCUGCUCGCGUGCCUCGAAACAUUGUACGCCCUGGAGGCGCUCAACGCCGACGGCACGCUCACGUCGCCGGUCGGUUACUUUCUCGCCGAAAUGGCCAUUCCACCGAUGAUGGCCAAGAUGCUGUACAAGGCGGGCGAGAUGGGCUGUUCGGAGGAAAUUCUGGUCAUCAUUGCGAUGCUGCAGGUGCAAUCGGUGUUCUCGAAGCCGGCCGGUGGGCAGGCCGCGAUCCGGGGCCGGAUCGCCAAGCGAAACUUUGAGGUGGCCGAAGGUGAUCUGGUGACACUGCUCAACGUAUACUGUGCGUUCGUUGAGAGUGGCCGGACGAAGGAGUUUUGUGGCCGCAACUUCCUCAUCUAUCGCAAUCUGAAGCGUGCGCACGAAAUUAAGACCCAACUAACGGCAUCGCUCGAGCGGGAACUGAACAUUCCGUUGCUGUCGUGUGGCGGGAACGUGGAAACUCUCUGCCGGUGCAUCGUGGCAGGGUUCUUCCCGUACGCGGCCUACCUGCACCACUCGGGCGUGUAUCGGACGGUGCGAGGCAACACGGAGCUAAGCAUACACCCGCUGUCCGCGCUGUACACCGAGCAGCAACCGCAGUGGGUCGUGUUCUGUGAGCUCAUCCACACGACGAAGCUGUUCAUGAAGGACAUAACCGUCAUACAGCAGAGCUGGCUACCGGAGAUUGCGCCGCAUUACUACCACAAAGUGACGGUGCGCGAUCAGCAUUGA